GGACUGACUGGAACACAACGGGAGUUUGUGCUCUGCUGAGUUUUGGCCAUGAGAGUGAGACAGUCAGUCUAGACGCUCUUGACAGCCUCGUCUGGAGGAGAGACACUUCCCUCUGCGGCUCUGUCCCCAUCUCGACGACACAUUACGAGCUUUCUCCUAAGAUGAAACUCCAGCACUCCUGAAGAAGGAUGACACCCCUGGCACAUUGGCUAGGACGGUGCCUGUGGGCAUCUGUGUCACUCACAUGCCAAGCCUGAAAAGUGGAAAGAAAGACAGUUCUAGCAGACACAUUGAACACUUCCAAGCUCUAGAGUGAAACUUUGCACAGUUGGCCAUGGCUGCAUAUCCAUGGCUUGGAGGAUAGGAUCCCUUGUUUAGCAAGCAAUUUUACCACACUGAGUUUUUUAACUGGUCAUUUAGCAAAUCCAGCACUUCCUGGCCCAGAGGUUUUAUAGAGUAACUGCCACACGCAAGCUGAACCGGAGGAUCCAAAAUGGAGGUCACACAUCAACGCUCUUUCUACCAGACUGGUUAAAGCUGCAGUCAAAGGCAUUACUGCAAGGGCAGUAUGCAGGCAGCUGACUACCCAGCCACAAAUAAUAACACAGAGUGCAAGUUCCACUGCACCAAUGGCAGAUGUCUGAAGCUUCUCUCGCUGAUUUGCAAUCGUCUGAAUGAAUGUGGAGACAACAGUGAUGAGGAACACUGUCCCGCUGCUGUACCUCCACCUCCAGACACCAUCCAGUCUGAACUGGAGUUUGUUCAGAUAAUAAUCAUAAUUGUGGUGAUGACUGUAAUGGUAGUUGUGAUCAUCUGUUUGCUGAACCACUAUCGGCUGUCGGCCUGGGCCUUCCUCACACGCCACAGCCAGGCCCGUCAACGAGAGGAGGGCAUGCAGCCGGACGGCUGUGCAUGGCCAACAGAUAGUUUGGUGACGCAACAAGGAGCCACUGAGGUGAUGUACGGGCCAAGGAGCGGAGAGCGCUUCAACCCACCUUCAUUUAUGCAAAGGGACCGAUUCAGCCGCUUCCAGCCCACCUACCCAUACCUGCAGCAGGACAUCCACUUGCCGCCCACCAUCUGCCUGUCAGACGGCGAGGAGCUGCCGCCCUACAAGGGCCCCUGUACCCUGCAGCUCAGAGACCCCGAGCAGCAGCUCGAGCUGAGCCGUGCGUCCGUGCGUGCGCCCCCCAACCGGACCAUUUUCGACAGCGACCUGAUAGACGUUUACGUGCACGGAGGCGGCCCGCGGCCCCCGAGCAGCAACUCUGGCAAGAGUGCCUCGAACUCGCACGUGGAGGGGCCGCCGCCCACCUACAGCGAGGUGAUGGGUCAGACGUACCCGGGCUCCGCCUCCUUCCUGCACCAGCACAGCAAUAACGCACCACCCUCCAACCAGAGGACAGCCAGCCGCUCCACCCAGCCUGGCGCAAGCACAACCCUGUUCGUCAAGGUUAAGGAUAGCCGGCGCGACAAACCCGUGUGACUAGGACGCACCUGGAGAGGGCAGUAGAGAGCACACGUGCUCUUCGGUACUUCCUCCUGGACCUGAAGGGGACUUAAACGCUCCCCUUGCACAAUUUGAAUCGAAAAUUGAGGAACCAAGCUUACAAAGUUUAUUUUUUGGAAUUUUUUCGUUUUGUUUUUGCUAGAACUUCGGGGCCUUGUAUGGAUGUUUGGGCUCCUCGGCUAAAUCUCUUUGUUUGUUUGGUUUUGUAUGCUUUCCUGUAUUUAAAGAACACGUGUGUUGGCACAGAUUGCUUGCGUGAGAGACCACAUAGGUCAUAGGAUUGAGAAAUUUUCUAUUCGUUUGUGCAUUUCCAGGACUCGUGCACGAAAAAAAAACUGUUCACAACCAAUCAAAAUCCAAAUUGAGUGCCAUGACAAAAGAAAUCUUAAUUCUUGGGGAUGUGACUCACAACAACAACCACAAAAAGUCUUUACGUUGCACUUAUUCUUUCAAGAGUAGAAACGCCUACCCUUAGUUACUUUUCACGCUCAAUCCACAUGGUUCCCGGGAUUUGUUUCUUCCUUUUUUUGUUUCACAUUUUCCUGAAACGGAGAUGUAGAACUCUGAUCCAGCCUAAAAUCUCCACACCUGAACUGCAUCAUGGCACUUAUUUAAAAAAAAGAAAAAAGAGAGAGGGUUUAACGAGCUGUUCAAAUUCCAGAUCACUUUUUCCACUGACCAAGUGAGAGAUAUUGGCAUGGAUAUCUGCGGAUGGAAGUCACGACACACACGCCACUUUCAUCCUGUCGAGUAGCACUUUAAACUUGCGUCACUUCAGCAUCGUCAUGGGGUCCAAGUGCAAGGGAAUCAUGGGAACUGUAGUCUUAUGCACAUCCCGUCCCCUUCUGAGCGAGUGUGUCAUAUCUCACACUGUUUUGUUUUCCACUAAAAAAAAGCAUGCGUAUUGUUUUUUUUUUCUCUCCAGUUAUCCAUACUAUACUUUAGUUCACGAUCGUAUACGGAUCUCAUAUUUUAUCUUUUACUCUCCUCUCCUGAAAUGCCGUUUUAUUCCGAGGCAGCACAGGAACACGCUUGUUAUCUCUUUAUUUGUCAUCGGUAUUUAUAUCAGUUCAAACGCAUGUACCAAUCACGACGAGGUACACCCCCCUUCCCCUUUGUUCUUCGUCUUCUUUUAAAGUCGUACUCAAUCACAUGGCACACCUUGGAAUGCUUUCAGACGUGUUGAUUGUGUUUCCGGUCGCACCCGAGCUUCGUAAACCGUCGUUCUUUGGCCUUCCCUUUAGAAAUUCCCAUAGAAAAACUAUUUAUUGACUAGCUAUUUAUUAAAGUGACCGGUUCGCGGGGAUGUUUAGUCGAAGUGGACUAAAAAAAAAGCGCCACUUUCUUUCCCCAAACAGGCUUUUAUACGAUCUCCUCCCCCUUUGAAUAGCGAGACUGUAAUGCCGCCCAUCCGCCCCGGCUCCGGAAACCCCGGCCUCCCGCCAUCGGCUCCGCUUCCUGUCGCUCAUUCUGAUCGCGCAGUUUGAGUUCGUACUGUAUUGCUGCUGCUGCUGCUACCGCUACCGCUGCUGUUCGUUCAUCACGUAGGCCUAUGUCCGCUUUCCCGUUACUUUAUAACCGCUUAACACCCCAGACAUAGACGUCCGUGCUCCGUUUUGGUUUUUCGUUAACAUUAGCGCGUUUCCCGCCGUCAUAGUCGUACUAGGAAAACGAACCCAAAUGUGUUACGUUUGCAGCCGAGAGGUUUGCAUGUUACAAAUUCGGUGCCUAACAGUCAUGUUUAAGCAGACAUAGAAACCCACUUGCACUCAAAAGUCCCCACCUUUGUUGUGCCUCACUUCCUAUGGUGCUUCUUUCAGUAGUCGGACUCUGUUUAUUUGUACGGUGCUGUAUAUAACUUGAAUAUAUUAUGCACAUAUCCUACCCAAUGGGUAGAAAACCACAAGAAAGCAUUGUUAAUACUGUAAUAUAAUGUAUAGAUAAUAUUAAAAAGAAAACUUUAACACGGUGGCAUCAAGUUUUGUGAAUGCCUUCAAUUGUGCUUUGUCUUUUUUGUAAAACAGAGUAAAGUUUGCAAAGAGAAAUGCUACGGUAUGGUCACAGAAAUACAAAAUGACGACUUAUAUAUAUUUUUUCCUAUACAGUAAAUGCAAAUCUGUUAUGUGAUGAAACGAAUAUUCUGAUUAAAAGGCAGUUAUAUAAAAGGUUAACUAGCUGCUGCUUUUGUAACUUCCAGAGAGAGAGAGAAUUAUAAAUGCCAGCGCUUGUCGUUUUAUUUAUUGAAGUUUAUUUCGUGACUGCUAGCUGUUUGGACGUGCGGCCGCCGCCACGCGGGACACCCCCGUCGCUGUACCGUGACCCUCGACCUUUGGGCUCCCGCGAGGCCUGCUCUCCGAGCGGGACGAGGCUUCAUCGGCUCGGCGGGACAUCCGUGGCGGGCGGCUAACAUUCCGUCGUUGGUUUUAUGCACAUAAUCGAGCUGCGUGGUACACAAAAGAGCAUCAAAUGAGGAUAACCCAGCCCAUAGCUGACCGUUACUGCAUGUUCAUGUUGUCGUUAUUUCCUCGGCAUAGCAGUGUGGUUCCUCGCCGGCGGGCUCCUCUCCAGAAACAGCUCGGCCUCUCGGUCCGCGGGAUCUGGAGUUUCCCGCCAAUCCACAGCAACGUUUUUCAUCGCGAGAUCACGUCACAGGACUGUACGAGCUAUAUUGUGGACUACAAACUUUUUUGUUUUCGUUUUUUUUCUACAAGAAGAAACGGUUCAGUGAGCGAGGAACGCUGCUGUCCUUACGCCUUUUUAUUUUUAUUUUUUAUUGUUCUAUUUAAUUGUGAUGUCAGCGGUUUUCAGUUUGAGGUCUGUUAAUUGCAAUACUUUUACAGGAAAAAAAAGGUGACUAAAAACCCACUGAAAAAAAAAUACAAAAAAAUAAAUAAAUACGAGAAUAAAAAAAACAAACAAUAAAACUAUUGCUCAAAGAUACUGUUGUAGUCCCUCAUGAAACGAUUCCACGCUUGUUCUUUCGCUGUCAUCAAAUGGCUAGAGAGAGCAAUUAAAGUUGAGGAAAAGAACCAGA